GUUGCCAAGGAUCCAUCUGGAAAAGCUGUGAACGCUCUUGAGCAACACAUCAAGAACCUUCUCUGCCCAUCAUCUCCAUUUUUCUUCAACACCUUGUACGACCCAUACCGUGAAGGUGCUGACUUCGUUCGUGGAUACCCUUUCAGUCUACGUGAGGGUGUUUCCACUGCUGUUUCCCAUGGUCUGUGGCUCAACAUCCCUGAUUACGAUGCCCCGACCCAACUUGUGAAGCCUAAGGAAAGGAACACAAGGUAUGUGGAUGCUGUUAUGACCAUCCCAAAGGGAACACUUUUCCCUAUGUGUGGCAUGAACUUGGCCUUCGACCGUGAGCUCAUUGGCCCGGCUAUGUACUUUGGUCUCAUGGGUGAUGGUCAGCCUAUUGGUCGCUACGACGAUAUGUGGGCUGGAUGGUGUGUCAAGGUGAUCUGUGACCAUCUGGGAUUGGGAGUGAAGACAGGUUUGCCCUACAUUUACCACAGCAAAGCUAGCAACCCGUUUGUGAACCUGAAGAAGGAGUACAAGGGAAUCUUCUGGCAGGAGGAUAUCAUUCCUUUCUUCCAGAGCGCAAAGCUCUCGAAAGAAGCUGUGACAGUUCAACAAUGCUACAUGGAGCUGUCCAAGAUGGUGAAGGAGAAGCUAAGUGUCAUUGAUCCUUACUUUGACAAGCUUGCAGAUGCUAUGGUCACUUGGAUUGAAGCUUGGGAUGAGCUUAACCCACCAACCCUCUUCCUCUUCUGCUCUCUCUGA